AUGGCCUUGGCUGCACAAGAUGUGCUGCAGAGGUGUGCCCAAAGCUUCAAUGACACCUCCUCGUGCCUGAAGGCGAGUCCGACAUCACCGGGCCAUACGUCGAGAAGCAGGACCCAACAUGGCACUGCCGAGGAGAGUGGCGAGGAGAGCCCAGCCAGACCACGUUCAGCAAAGUCCUGGCGGCGUGAGGAGCUGCAGUGUCUGGAGAUGGUCCUGCGGAGGAGCUGCCGCAAGGAGGAUCGACUUGCAGCAUACCUUCGCCGCGCGCACAACGUGAAUGGAAAGAAGGAGCGCUUGUUUUGCUUCGACGGCCCGGACGAACACAUCCGCAGGGUGCUGCUGGCAUUGGACCCACCCUGGGUGGAGAACAAAGUCGCGAGCUCCUCGAUGUGGCAUUUGAAGUGGACCGUCACAGACAGCGAGACAGACUACCGUUGCAUCCAAGAAGACUCCAGCUCUCUGUACAACCAUUUCCAGAACAACCGUGAGCUGACGACGAAAGUUUGCCUCACUCGCAAUCUGCGAAGGCUUGCCUACGAGGAGCAGGUGGACAUCGACACUUUCUUCCCGCGAUCUUAUGACAUGGGCUCUCCAAGCGAAGUGGAGGACUUAAUUCUCGACUUUCGCCGCUCUGCAGCUCUCAAUGUUCUGCGACAGCACCUUCGCCUGGCAGAGCAGGCGGCCGAUCGGAGGCGGAGGUAUGAGCUGGAGCCAUUCUUCAAUGCUCCGGGCUAUCUUUGCAACAUCACGGUGUUGAGGCAUGCAGUGAGAGCGCUGGAACACUGGCUGGAUGAUUUGGAUGGCUCGUAUUUCGAGGACGACCAGUACGACUUGGGCCGGAGGCAGCUGUACUCCGAGGAAUGGGAUGCCGUCGUCUUGUACUCGGAGCUUUCCGAGGCCCAGCUCUGCCAGCUGGAUGAGGCCGAGGAGCGAAAGGAGCGAAGCCGUGGCUACUCUGCUUCGGGUGCCCUGGCGCACCGAAAGCCUGGUGAGCGCUAUGCACGGCCGAAGGAGCCACAAAAGUGGCCGGAGCUCCGGAGCCAUGUCUGGUGCCCCUUUGCUCCUGCGGAACUGGAUGCAUCCGCUAAGAAAGCCGUGGCGCUUCUGGAGGCGAGAUGGCCACAGGUGUCCACCCAAGGCUGCAUGAAUGUGUGGGUUGUCAAGCCCGGCACCAGCUCGAAGGGAAGCGGUGUGGUGUGUCUGAACACUCUUCCCGAGCUGCUCCACCACUGCAAGAACACGACGAAUCGAGUUGUGCAAAAGUAUGUCGAGAAGCCUUUGCUCCUUUUUAGCGGCCGCAAGUUCGAUCUGCGGCAGUGGGUUCUGGUCCGUUCGUUUCAGCCGCUUGAGGUCUACAUGUUCUCCUCUUGCUACCUCCGCCUCUGCAACGAGCCCUACGACCUUGGUGACCUUGCGAACCGGCAACGGCACAUCUCCAAUUGGUCUGUGAACAAGCACGGCAAGCAUGUCGCUACUGGUGCAGUGGCCAGCCUCAGUGAGCUCAACGAUGUGCUGGAGAUGAUGACCGGCAGCAGACACUACUGGGAAAACGAUCUCGUGCCGCAGUUGAAGGAGUGCAUCCUGCACAGCCUUCGGUCCGUACAAGAUCGCGUGGUUCAAAGGUCCUCUUGCUUCGAAGUCUAUGGCUUUGAUUUCCUCCUGGGUGAAGACCUGAAGCCUUGGCUCCUCGAGGUAAACUUGAGCCCGGCAUGCGAAUCCCGGACCCCUUGGAUCUCGGAGCUUUUGGACCGCAUGGCCACGAGGCUGUUGGAACUGGUCUUGAAUGGCCAUCUGGAGCCAGAUGGACUUGCUCCUGACUGGGUCUGCAUCGCGGACGAGACACCGGAGCCGGGCACCGGCCAGCCUGUAGAUGAGCGUCCCCUCGACCUGCCGGAUGGCGACGCCAGGGGUCGAGAUUUUUUGGCGGACUCCCUGGGGCGAUGUGCAUUGGGGCUGACAGUGGUGGGCAAGGCUCUGAACCUGCGAGCCGAACGUCGCUUCGGCGAAGCCUGGCGCCAAAGCGCGGCCCAGGUUACCAUCGCCCGAUUUGUGCGGGGCUUUCUUGUCCGACACCGGGGAGAGAUAAUCGCGCGCCAGAACGCCGCGAGGAUUCUUCAGCGUCGAGUCCGUGAAUGGCAACGGAGACGCGCCCUGGAGAUGCACUUCAAGAUUGCAGCCUCAAGGCUGUGGCAGGCGCGCAUGCGUAGCUAUUUGUGUUCCAUGCUGUUGAACGAGAUCAAGCGACGAGAACGGGCCAGGAUCAUGAAGGCUCGGCGCCGUGAAGCUGCGAAGCGACUGCAGUGCUGCUGGCGGGGUCUCCUGGGACGCCGAGCUGCUCGCGCCCAGCAAAUGCUCCUGGCGGCAAGGAGACUGCAACGGUGCUGGCGAGGUUGGAGGUUGCGGCGGCGCCUUUCUGCCGUCAAGCGACUCGCACACUGGUGGCGAGAGCUUUUGGCUGUCCGGGCAUCGGCAGUGCUGAGGCUCCAAGCUUGGCGGCGUGGCCAAAUCGCCCGAACACGCGCCCGGCAGCUUCGCAGGACCGUUCUGCUGCCGGCCACGAGGCUUCUUUUUGCCCUGUCCCUGGCACGCUGGCGCCGUUUCCUGUUUCUGCAAAGCGGUCAUCUUGCUGCCCGUCGUGUCCAGCAGCACUGGCGAGGGCUCCAAGGGCGGUGUGUGGCGAAAGAGCGGCGAAUGAAGCUCCGGAUGCUGCAGUGCUGGAGGCGCUGGUGGCAACAGCGCACAGCAGCCAGCCUCGUGUUGCAGACCGCUUUUCGGGCUCGCUGCGCCUGGCGUGCAAGGAAGCUGCGGCGCGUAGCCUUGCUUCGCAUGCAGGCAACCCUCAGGUGCUUCCUGGAGCGGCAGCGCCUCUCUUGCCUUCAGCGCAUCGCUGCCGCAAUCGCCUUGCAGACAGGAUUUCGGCGUUGGCGAUGCGAGGUGGAAUACCGACUGGCGCGUCAGAGCAUCCUCGUGGUGCAGAAUUUUUUCAGAGGCUGGAUUUCGAGGCGGGCAGCACGGCGCCGUGCUGCGCGGGAGAGAGAAUGCUGGCUUGCCGCUGCAAAGGUGCUCCGGGAGUUGGAGGCGGCUGGCAUCGGACAGGAUGCCGACACCGAUGCCACUGCCACUGAUGGUACGGCGACCGUGACAUCCUCCCGGAGUUCAUGUGAAGAGCGCAGUCGCCAGUCCUCAUCACGAGGUGUCAACAACUCGUCCACCGACCAACAGUCAGAAACAGACAGUUCUGCUUGUGGCGUGGAAGAGCCUGUAUGUCAGGACAGCCAUGCCGCCUCCAAGAAUCGCGAGGCAGAGCGCGACAUCCUUCCCGAAGUCGAGCUGGUUAACGAGGAAAUUGCCAUCCAGCACCAGCCGAGCAUGGUGAGGCUCCGCAGACCUCUUCCGAUACCGAUUGCCUUCCAAGCCUGCCCAGACAAAGAGCCCCUGUUUGCCACACCAGUCUUGCCGGCCGAGAUCGCGAAGCCCAGCGAGGGGCCCUUGAACUUCAGCGAUGUCACCUUGGAGCCUCGGGGGAGCGACGUGGAUCGGCCGUCAGGGGAGGCUGCCCUGGUGGCCCUUCUGGAGCUCCAGCGCGCCGCUUGCGACUGGGGUCUGCCGGAGGCCGCCAAAGCCGCCAGGGAUGCGGCGGUGACGGUCGCGUCGCCUGCCGCCUCCGCUCACAGGCAGCUGCCGGAUCUCCACGUGGACAGCCGGAAGCUUCCAGACCCACCUGCCCCGAGCACUGGAAGUGCACUUCAUGCUGCGAGGCAGCUGCGGAUUUCACAGCAGGGCGCAGGUUACAGACAGCCAACGGCCAGCUCAGAAGCCAGGUGGUCCGAGCGCAAAGCCGUGGUUGCCGCUCUCAAAGAAGUUGCGAAGGGCGAGCCGCUGCCUGCCAGCUCGCCGACGGCACGGCUCAACAUCGCGUACCUCGGAGAUCGGCAGGCGAAGUGCCAGCGUCUACGGGACAGGUUGUGUCGAGAUCGAUGGUUCAACCUCUGA